CCCCCCCCAGCAGGGCCCUGCCCAGCUUGGUCCGUGGCAGGAGCUGACCUCUCAGACCAGACCAGCCCAGCCCCAAACUGGAACUCCGGGGUGGGGGCAGAGGUCCCGUGGUCACGAUGCUCUGAGACCCCAGGGAUCCGCGGGAACCCCCCCGCCCAUGGCGCUGAACCGCCUGAGGGUGGUUUUCUGUUCCGGAGACCAGAGGCAGAUUCCCAGGGCUGGAUUCCCAGGUGGUGCCCAUGGAGUCUGGCCCUGGGGAGGGAGGCGUGGCUCUGGCCAUCCCCCCCCUGAGGCCCAGUGAGAAGUUCCACCUGUUCGUGAGCUACAGCAGCGUGGACGCCACCUGGACCCACGGGCUCAUCAGCCGCCUGGAGGCGGACCUCGCGGGGCUGAAGGUCUGCCUGCACGAGCGGGACUUCACCCCCGGGAGGAAUGUGCUGGAGAACAUGGCGGAGUGUAUCCAGCAGAGCCAGAAGGUGCUGCUGGUGCUGAGCCAGGACUUCGUGCAGAGCCGGUGGUGCCUCCUGGAGGCCGACCUGUCGCUCUUCGGCUCCUGCCUGGAGAGGAAGCCGGUCAUCCCGGUCCUGCUGAGGCCCUGCCAGGUCCCGCUGCACCUCAGCCACCUGACGUACCUGGAGGCGGCAGACAGCCACUUCUACCGCAAAGUGGUGCAGCUCCUGCUCAUGCCCAACCACUGCCUGGCCCGCUCCCUGCCCGCCUGGCGCCCCGCCGCCUCCCUGUACAGCGGGAAGAGCCUCCUGACCCUGAACUGCGUCAACAGGGACAGUCUGCCCUCGUGGAAGGUGGGCACCUUCAGCACCCUGGGCGUCCCCGACCCCCUGAAGGAGGUGCUGGAGGACCCCGAGGUGUACAAGCGAGCCGUGGGCAUCCUCAACGGGGUGCGGUCCCCCAGGUCCUGCCUCCGCUACCUGGGCUGCAGGGUCACGCUGGCCGUCUUCCUGUUUCUCGUGGCCUUGGCCCUGCUCUCCCUGCCCCUGAUCAUGGGCCUCCUGGAAAACACCCCAGCUCAGCGCUUCUUCCUCAUCGCUGCCAACAUAUUUUUCUGCCCCCUCUUCUUCGUGUUAGGAGUUAACACCCUGUGCUGGUUCAGGAGGUUCUCCAAGAAGAUGAUGCAGGAACUGGUGCUCAGGGUGGGGGAGGCCAACCUCCUGCUGGCGCCCCACUCGCUGCUGAUGGGCUGCGACACCAUGAACAAGCUGCACUUCGUGUACGUGCUGCUGGGCGACUGCAGGCGGGUCUUCCUGGAGGCGGCGGAGGGCGAGGCCCUGUUCCGGGAGGCCCUGCUGCGCUUCUCCUGCAGCUACGCCUGCUGCGUGGCGCACGCGUACUUCCCCGCCUGCGACGAGGCGCACAGAGCCCGCGGCCACCUCGAGCUGGGCCUGUGCUUCUGCCAGUUCGUGUCCUUGCAGCUGCAGACGCGCCAGGGGCGUGAGGUUAACCCCGUGUGACGCCAGCGCCCUCCGUCGGACGUCUGGCCGCCCCUCAGCUGGCCCUGCGGACCAGGCCUCAAUGAGGUGCGUAGGGGACCCUCCCCUGUGGCCAAGACCUUCGCCCGCAGGCCCCACGCCAGCCCGAGGACCCCGCAGCCUGCUCUGAAGGCAGAUAGGGGCUGGGGAGAGCGGCAGGCUGGCCUGUGACCCCAGGUGUCCUCAGGACGUGGCCUGCUCCUCCGAGGACAUGCUCACUGCCUCUCUCUGGAUGGCUCGUUGGCGUCCAGGGGCCAGGACAGAACCCGCGGGCUCGUUGUGGCCCCGCCCUGAGCAGCCCUUCCAGGCACCUGGCCCUCAGACUGGAGCGUGGAGGGAGGCCAGGCCAGCCUCCAGGACUGGGGGCCGUCCGCCCUUCACCGCCAGGGCGACACACACACACACAUAGACACCCCCCCCCCCCACUGUCUACCCCGAGGGCCUGUGGGGCCGCCGCCAUCCUCGGCUGGAAGCCAGGAGGCCUCCGUUCCUCCUCAGCGUGGACACCCAUCAGACCUGGGGCCGCAGCGCCACCUGCUGGUGCCGUGUCCUCCAUCCGGAGAUCAGUGCCUGGCGCAGACGAUCUUCCUCCCGAGAAUGAGAGGCCUCCGCAGUCAGGAACCUGAAAAAUGUGUACUGGUUCUGGAUAUGGGGACACAACAGCUAGUGUCCUGGCCAAGCUGCACAUCCGCCCUGUGACCACCUUGUGUCAGCCCUGUGUCCGUCCGCCCUGUACCUGCCCCUGUGUCUGCCCACCCUGUGUCCACCCCAGCAGUGAGACCUUUGCACCUCACGCCCGCGCCUCUGUGAGCCCCAGUCAGGGUCUGCAGACCCUCGGCCCCAGCAGCACACCAGGGCAGGUCUUCAGACAAGAGGAGUGGCCCCGGGGCACUGCCUCAGCUCCUCUGUCUGUAAAAGAGCAGCUGGCAGGUGAUGACAGAUUUGAAGUUGGCGCUGGGUGUUCCCGGCAGCCCUGGGGAACCCUCCGCCCGCGGCCAGGUGCUGCUCCGGUUUGCAGCCUCACAUCCAUCUUGUGUGACCAGUGGCCCUCGGGGCCUGAUGCCACCCCUUGUCUCUCCCAUGAGCGCAGGCCCCAGACCACAGCCACCAGACGACAAGCAAAUGAAGUCCCGGCUCUGACUCCCUAGCAGCCCUUACAGCCAACAGUGUGCCUGCCUCCCAAGACCUCCUCUUACGCACCCCUUAGAGCAGACCCCCGCCCUGCACCAUGGAUCCUACCAAAACCCCGCUCUUUGGGUUUGAAUGAACCAAUGUGGUCCUAGCUCAGGAACCCAAAGCACUCCACCCAGAGACCCUGGCAGAGGCCGGAGUCUCAGAUCCCUGUCUACACCCUGCCUUGACGUGGUCUCUCCAGGCGCGCGCGUGCACUUCCUCCAGGACUUGUGAGCAACCGACUUCUCUAUUUCAACCUGUCUUGUGCAAGAACAGCAGGUCUUGUGAUCUGUUGAAGUACAGCUCACCACCCAGCAGCCUGCACACACUGAACACGUGUUAACUGGACACAGAGGCUGGACUGCUCACCUGUGUCCCGAGGCCAGGGCUGCACGGGGAGGGUCCCCCUUGAGAGGAGCAGAAAAGGGAGGGGCUCUGGUCACGGGGACAGUGUAAGCAAAGGCACAAGGCAGGACCCCAGGUCACAGGAGAAACUACCAAGUAGGGGAUGGUCCUGUGAACCCCAGGGCUCGCUGGGUGGCUUUGGGCGCUGGAACUUUCUUGGGGGCAGUGCUUGGCAUCAGGAUCCGUUCCAAGGGGUCCCAGCACCUUGACGGACCUUGAGAGGCCUUCAGUCUUGGCCAUGUCCGAAGCAGGGGGCAUAGUCUGGGCCCCAGGCUGAGAAAGAGCCUCCCAGGAGCAGCCCCACAGAUGCAGCAUAGGGUGAGGACACAACAGGCCCAUCCAUACCCACUCUGCCGCUCUGGGCACAGGUGGCCCCAUGAACACUGACGGGCCUACUCUAGGCCACAGCAGCUGCACCCGCUGUGGCUGUGGAUCCGCUCGAUGCCUAGAACGUGGCUGUGCCAGCAGGUGCACGAAUGCUUCAUGGAGCUAGGUGACCAGCCAGGCCUUUUGGGACCUGGACUCCCGGCUGCAGCACAGAAACCCUGGGGGACAGUGGCUGGGGGCCUGUGGGCUGAGGCCUAGCCGUGUGCACGGGUGCCCACAUGUACACACAGCCCCUCCACUCCUCGGGCAAACCAUGUGCUGACAGUGUAUUCCUACCCCCACGGUGCUGUGCGGCCCAGAGACAGCAGAAGGACAAAAAGAGAUGCCUGUCCCUUCAAAAGGCCAUGAUAUUUCAAGUCAUGAAACACCACGUUUGUGAGCACAAUAAAGAGAAAGGUUUAAAUUAA